AAAAACGGACGAAUUUGCAACCUUCAUUCUCUUUAGUGUUUCAUCAUAAUCCAUCAUGGUAGUUGGAAAGAAUAAGCGCCUUACUAAAGGCAAAAAAGGACAGAAAAAAAAAGUUGUUGAUCCCUUUACUCGAAAGGACUGGUACGAUGUGAAGGCGCCUUCUAUGUUCCUCAAAAGGCAGAUUGGGAAAACAGUUGUCAAUAAAACAACUGGCACAAAAAUUGCAGCAGAUGCCUUGAAAGGUCGUGUGUUUGAAGUGUCUCUCGCUGAUUUACAAGAUGAUGAAGUUACAUAUCGUAAAUUCAAAUUAAUGGUGGAGGAUGUUCAAGGUAGACAAUGUCUGACCAAUUUUCAUGGGUUAGACAUGACUACAGAUAAACUACGAUCUCUUGUCAAGAAAUGGCAGACACUGAUUGAAGGUAACGUUGAUGUGAAAACAACAGAUGGCUAUCUCUUAAGAUUGUUUUGCAUUGGUUUCACCAAGAGGCGAACCAACCAAAUCAAAAAGACGUCAUAUGCCAAACAUUCACAAGUAAAGUUAAAGAAAAAAAUGGUGGACAUUAUGACCCAAGAAGUUGGAACAAAUGAUUUGAAAGAAGUUGUCAACAAGUUAAUUCCAGAUAGUAUUGGUCGUGAUAUUGAAAAAGCCUGUCAAUCCAUUUAUCCUCUUCAUGAUGUGUUUAUUCGUAAAGUUAAAGUUUUGAAGAAGCCUAAAUUUGAUGUGGGAAAAUUAAUGGAAAUGCACGGUGAAAGUGGAAGCACUACAGUAACCACAGACGAAACUGGAGCUAAAGUUGAACGUGAUUCAUUUGAACCACCAGUAUUAGAGUCAGUGUAAUAUUUGAGUGCAUUAUAAUGAAAUAAAAUGUUUCGAAAACA